CCCGGCUGACGUUGGACAACAAAGAUGGCGGCGGGAACCAGCAACUACUGGGAAGAUCUCCGGAAGCAAGCCCGGCAGCUGGAAAAUGAACUGGAUUUGAAACUGGUUUCCUUCAGUAAACUCUGCACCAGUUACAGUCAUAGCAGUGUCCGAGAUGGAAGGCGCGACAGGUAUAGUUCUGACACAACUCCUCUCUUAAACGGAUCAAGCCAAGACAGAAUGUUUGAAACGAUGGCAGUAGAGAUUGAGCAACUCUUGGCAAGACUGACAGGAGUCAAUGACAAAAUGGCAGAGUAUACGAAUAGUGCAGGCGUCCCUUCUCUGAAUGCAGCACUGAUGCACACGCUACAAAGGCAUAGAGACAUAUUACAGGACUACACACAUGAAUUCCAUAAAACAAAAGCGAAUUUUCUUGCAGUACGAGAAAGGGAGAACCUCAUGGGAUCCGUACGGAAAGAUAUCGAGUCAUACAAAAGUGGGUCCGGAGUGAACAAUAGAAGAACAGAAUUAUUUCUAAAGGAACAUGAUCACCUUCGAAACUCAGAUCGACUGAUAGAAGAGACGAUAAGCAUUGCUAUGGCGACAAAAGAAAACAUGACUUCACAGAGAGGAAUGUUGAAAUCAAUACAGAGCAAAAUGAACACUUUGGCCAAUCGCUUUCCUGCCGUGAACAACCUGAUCCAAAGGAUCAACCUGCGGAAACGGCGAGAUUCCCUGAUCCUGGGUGGUGUUAUUGGCAUCUGCACCAUCCUAUUGCUGCUGUAUGCUUUCCAUUGAUGGAGAUUCUCUAAGGACCUUUGACAACCUCUGCUUCCUCACCCUGAUCCCUGUUAAGGAGAAGGGAGAAGUUGGACAGACCUGUGACAGCUGGAUCAGCAUGAUGCCAUUAAAAGGGUAUGGUGGCAGCCUCGAUGACACUGGUCUGGGUUUGAGCUGAAGCUGCAGUAUUUUCUCUGUCGUCCUUUUCCCCAGCACAUGCCCUCCUUCUCUUCCCCUUCCAUCUUGCGCUCCCAAAAAGGGUUUCAGAUCCUUAUGUCUCAUCAUAAGGUAAGUCAAAGUACUGGGAGGGAAAAAAAAACAAAACACCUGUGCUUCAUGAUGGUAAUCACGUCUUUGUGUCCAUUGUUCAUGAAGACAGUGACCCACAUUUAAAACCCUAGUCCUUUCAGCCCUCUGAACAGUAUGUUGUAGCUUUAAGCCAUCUGAUUCAUUUGUGACCCAGUGCAGCUUCUGUCACUUUUUUAAACUCAUGGUGAGUCAUCGCAAAGCCAUUUCUUCAAAGUUUGUGCUGUAAAAAAGUCACAGACUUUUCUCCCACAUAAAGAGGAUGAAUUCAGUUUUGCACAGAAAUUAACCAGACUCGUGGAGUCAGUAUUUUUUUUUUUUAGUGGCUCUACAACGACAAUGUGAAAUUCUAGCAAUCGUACUUCGGUGUAAGGGUCGAAGAUACGAAAGGGAGUCUUCCCUAAAAUAGGGACCAAACCCUGCAGCUGCCAGAUUCCUUCUGACAGCGGCCUUUUGAGCACACCUGCUCUGGUUAGCCAAUUGACCUUGAAAAGUUUUCAGACAAUAAGAUACAAUUGAUUUAAACACAUUCAAAGUAUUUUUUUCUAAUUGGAUUACUACUGUCCCCAAGCAGGCUGGGCACAAAACUGAAUUGUAAAAUAAGAAAGUUAAAUGGGUUAUAAAACACCAAAUUGUGUUUCCAAAUAUCCACAACUGUUGCGCAUAAACUUUAGAAUAGGAAGUGAAGUAAGGGAGUGGUUGAGGACAAAAAUUCAGUUGUAUAGCAUAUCUGAAGUACGUAAUAUGUGAAAUUAUACUCCAGCCACUAAGAUAUUGCAGCUUUUUGUUAUCAGAAAAUUCUUGCUUAAAGGUUAACUGAUCUGGUGAGUUGCCGACACCUUUCCGAAAGUGUUUACUACUGAGAAUACGGUCAGUUCUCUAAAACGUGAAGGCUGCGUUCUUGGGAAGACUCGCGUUUUAGGGCACCCGCCUCAGCCGACUCCGUGCACAACGUUUCCCAACAUCGCACUGCAUUUGGUCCAGGCUGACCCAGGUGAUCUCACAGAAGUUCCCUACUUCCCCAUCAGCCGUCUGUCCAGAAUGUGCAGCGAAAACACCCAGUCGUGGAAGAACGGAGCGUACCAUUCACAAUGUUAGAGAAUAUCCUUCCAUCUACACCUGUAAUUAUCUAUAUCACUUGCAGAUUUGUAAACUAGCCACCAAGGUUCUUUUCAACCCUUGCGUAAAGCUCCUGACUGCUACUGAUCCCAUCUUGGUAACUGUAGCAGCCGUGCAGAGUUUGGGACACCUCUCCUGUUGCUCUGUUCCUCUUUUAUGCUUUGGGAAAGAAAAGACUCCUCUAAACUGUUGUGGUUUACUGCUUAGUCGCUAGUCACCUAUCAGAGGGAAUGAAGGAAGGCUACGUGUGGUUUCUCUAACCGCAUGAACAGCUUGAAUUAUACCGUUCCCUCAGUCUUAUUAGAAUAAUGUAACCCUAGUGAGAUCCAUAAACCUCUGAUUAUGGUUUCUUCAUGGAUGGAAAAUCUUUGAUAUUCAUUUUUCUUAAUUACGGGAUUUUUUUUUUUAAAGUGUGGGCUGAUCAUUUGCUGAUUGGGGGAUGCUCUUAACUUGAAAAUGAGUUUUCCCAAUGUAAAUCUCAAAGGAUCAGGGAAGUAAGUUCCUUAAUUAAAUUCUCUCUGUUGGGAGAUUAAAAGUCCUCUCCCCUGACAUUUAUUAUCUUUGAUUUUUCAAAGGGCUUUGAUUGGUGGUUGUGCCCCGGCUAGAAUUCAUAGAGCUUUCAGUUGCUAUGUAGUUGACAUUUGUAAGAAUCUGCAGUCUAGCAAAUAAAGUUAUUUAUUUAAUAAUAUAACCAGGCUUUUUACUGGUCUUGAUUUUUUUUGGUGCAUUCCAUUAAAUCUGAAAGGAGAAUCAAACACUAGUGUAGAAGAAAUUUUAGCUUCUUGCAAAUACGUAAAGAAAUUAAUUUUUUGAUGACAUAGGACCCCUUAUUUUGGAGGUCAUGCUAUGAAGGAAUAGGAUUGUGUUUGGUGUCUUUCUUUAUAUAAAAAAAUAGGCACACGGUCUCUUUUCAGUAUCUUGUAAGAGUUUGGUGGUGGUUGCUUUACAAGGUGGACAACUUUUAUAUGUUGAUGCUUGGGUUGAGAGCUGGAUCCCACUGAAAGGUUUGAUUUUCUUAAAAGGUUGCCCGUCCUCAAGACCUAAGUAACAAUAUGGCUAUAUGCCCAGAACUGCUGUCUGUCUAAAGCUGAAUGGCCACAACCAGGAUACACUUGUUUUGUUUCCUUUAGCGUAAACUUCAGUGCCAUAGUUUAACCAUGGGUUUCCAUUUGUAAAAGAAACCUUCAUGCAGUACUUUUGGAAAGAGAAAAGUACCUAGCUAAGGGGUUCUAUUUGGGUCUAUAAAGUCAAUUCCUUUCCAUUUUAUUUGCUCUCACACCUUCCUGCAAAUGAUCUUUUUUCUAAUCAUUUUCUGAUUUCGCAUCACUUUUCCUCCUCCAUUUUCCCGAGUCUGUUACACACAACCCACUUCCAUGAGUGGGUGGGGCAGAGACCAACUGAGGUUUCUGUUUGCAGUCUUGCUAAUUUACUAAUCAGUGGAUUGCUGAAACGUUGGUUAUUUUUGCAAAGUCUUUGGCCACUUUUGAAAAGUUUCUUUUCACCCCAGAGAAGGGACUUUGAUUGGAUCGUUUGACAGAUUUUUCCUUUGUAAAAAUCAUUAUGUCAUUAACCAAGCACUCAGUACUGAGACUCCUCUAAGACAUUGAAACCAAAUUCUCCUUGACUUGGAGAGGGGAUGAGAUUCCAAAAGAGGGAUUUCUGUAUUUAAUUUAUUGACACAUUUGUAAACUUAUUUAUUAGCAGUGACUGGUUCUUUCCCACUCAGCCCAGAGAUUUUGUGUUCUCUGGGUUUUUCUAGCCAGCAGUUUUUUGUGUCCCUUUAUGAACAUCCCAAAUCAUUCCCAGAAAAGCAACAAUGAUUGCACACUGUUAUAAUGACAGAAUUGUAUUUUCUGCCAUUUCUUUGUUCUCUUCUCCUUGCCCAGCGAUUUUCGAGUGUAUUUAUAAAUUUGGUAUAAAUUUGGAAGUUACCCAUUUUCAUGGAAAACUAUGCCUUGGUAUCUAGAGUUAGGAGGUUUCAGCCGAUAGGCUGUGGCUCCACUUUUAUAUCAUCCUGGAAGAUAACUUGUCCAUAUCUGAAUUGUAGUUUUUCAACAUUAUUUUUAGAGCAGUUGGCAGAUUUAGUAGUGUCGUCUUGCCUGGAUUAGGUGGCUUGCCCCUGCCGUACAGAGCAACCCAUGAUUGUUCCCCUCUGUUUCUAGAAUGUUACUGUGAUGGCGUUUUCCCCUUCAAAAUGGGGGUAAGAUCCGCCCCAAACCCCCCUCCUUUUCUUUAUUACCACGUCCAAAUGAUAUUCACCAGUAUCAGUGUGGGUAUUGGAUGUUAACAUGUAUCUCUGUUAAGGGUUUGUGGGGUGGAAGAGGAAUCCAGUUUGAGAUCUCUGGAACUCUGAUACAACACUUGAAAAGGCCUGUAAAUGGAGCAUUUUCAGGGGGUUUAUUUUAAAAAUCAGUGAUUGGUGUCUAGAGAAUUAAGGAACUGUGGGCUUCAUUUCUGUAGACAUCUCUGCAGGCCACAAAGUAGUCGUUCUGUUUUUCAGGGAAAAAAUUUCCAGGUAGGUCAUUGGCUGACAAAGAGCUUUCCCACAGUAAUCUAUCUACUGCUUGUUGUUCAGUAGGCACAUCGAAAUGCUUGUUGACUCUGGCAGGUUCUAGCACUUUGAACUUUGUGGCUAGUUUAACCAGUGAAUUAGUUGACUGACAUGAAAGUGUAGUAAUUUUUAUUCCAACCAAAAUUUAUGCAUCAACUGCCAUUUCUUUUACGCCCAAAUUGAAAGGACAUACCCACUAUCUUUGCGUAAAAGAAAGUGAGUCUUAAUCUCUUUAAGGGAACAUCCAUGUUGUGGAAUCUCUCUGGGGAAGAGAAUUUAAGGAGCAUGGGUGCUUCAAGAAUGUGCAUUGAAUGGAAAAUUGGGACCUAGCUGAGCCAUAUCUUUGGAUCUUUGACAAUUUUCUUUUGUACCCUACAUCUCACCCCAGUAUAAGGGUAUUUGCAGUCAUUUUGAGGACAGACAAUCCAAAGGAAUUGGUUCCAAUCACACUUCAUCUGGUGGAAGACUUUUCCUCAUGAAACAUGCCAGUACACGACUCCUGUCUAAUCUUUUCCAGUUGCACUUUCUCGGUUUUGACUUUUUGCUUUUAAACCUUGAAACCCAUUUUAUUGUACUUGUAAUUUUUGUUCUCACCUAAUGUGCAUUUUCUGUCUGUAUAGAAAAGCUUUGUUAUGUAAUUUAAUAAUAAAUUAGAAUUCUA